AUGACCACUAUGACCCAUGAACUGGUGCGGAUUGGGAGUCGACAGGCUGGAAUGCACUCCGCCACGGUGUGGAAGAUUCCUAGUGCUGACAGUUUUGUCUUGACUACUUUGGUAUCAAGUUCCAGAAGACAAGACGAGACAGCCAAGACCCCUGCUAAUACUAAUACAUCUGCUCAAAACCAGGCGACUGACGUAACUCUUUACUCAAAGCCAGGCAGCCCUAAUACACCUGCCCCUGACGUGGUUCUUUACCUCCAUGGCUUUCCGGCGCAGAGUUUGGAUCACAGGCAAAACGCAUAUGGAGAUGUGAGUGAAAGAUUCGCUCAAAAAGUGAUGGAAGCGACUUGUGGUGUUGGCUUGGAUUUCUGUACCCUGAAUUUUCGUGGUACACCCGGUUCCGGUGGAAAGUUUUUCGACAAAACUGUGUCUGGAGAAAUUGCAGAUGCUAAAGCAGUGAUGCAGUUUCUUAAAAGAUUAAGAGAGACUGAGGACAAUUACUUGUUGCAAGCCAUCUUUCGUUUAACUCUAACUUUGUGCAGCUGUAGUUAG